UCUCUCCAACUUCAAUCCCAUCACCAAUCUUCCCGCCAUUCCUUUGAUUUCCAACAACAAUAAUAUAUUAAUCUUUCCAAAUCAUUAUGCAAUCCUCAAAAAGUACUAGUGCCAGCAGCAGUGGUGAUACUCGGGCUUCGGGGCGCCACCCAAUUUAUCGUGGAGUUAGGCGUAGAAGCAGUGGGAAAUGGGUGUCGGAAAUUCGGGAGCCGAGAAAGCCUACUAGAAUCUGGCUAGGCACAUUUCCAACCCCUGAGAUGGCGGCUGUUGCCUAUGACGUGGCGGCGCUUGCACUCAAAGGGCCGGGAGCUGAGCUUAAUAUGCCAAACGUGGCGCCUUCUUUGCCCAUCCCUGCCUCCACCUCUCCCCGCGAUAUACAGGCGGCCGCGGCCUCUGCUGCAGCGGCAAUUGGGGCGGCGAAAGAUGCUUUGGGAAUUCAGAGCGAUCAAAAUGAAGGGAAUGAAACAGUAGGAGUGCAACCUGAUCAUCAAAGGCCAAUAUAUAUGGAUGAUACGUUUGUUGAUGAGGAUCUGAUAUUUGAUAUGCCUAAUGUUCUCGUUAACAUGGCAGAAGGGAUGCUUCUUAGCCCGCCUCGCUUGGGGACUAAUUAUUAUGAUGAUGAUAUUGCGGCUUCUGGUGCUGAUGCUGAAAGCAGCGGAGAUCAGAAUCUCUGGAAAUUCCCAUGAUCCAAAACUAAACUAUAUAUAUAUAUAUAUAUAUCGAUCAAGAAUUAAUGACACCAAUGUCUGUAAACCUAAAUUAAUAUAAAAAAGUAAGAAGCAAUGAUCAAGAUAAUCUAUGCCUUCAGAAAUAAAAGUAUGUGUGAUCGAUCGAUAUUGUCCUGCAUUGAAGGCCUAAAUGCAGGAGUUCGAUCCAUUGGAGUGAUUUGUUUUAUCUUUUUAUUGUACAAGGGACCUUUCCUAUACGCGAUUUGCUGUUCACUUGUUUUGAGAUUUUAAUCUUUUGGAGUGAAAAUAUUUCUGAGCUUUUCAUGGGUUGAUUUCACCAGUAUAGUGACUUCUUCAUUCCUUCAA